CCACGCGCCCCGCGCCGGCCGCACGUGUGAGCCAUGCGCCCGCCGCGCGCGCCGCGCCGCCCGGUGUGCCGCCCGCGUCCGCACGCCCACCGCCACACGCUAAACAACAUUAUAACAGUGAAACUCACAAGUUUUCAGUGAUAUCGAUUGAACUUUACGGCGACGAAAUCGAUAAUUGUUGGUGGCAGAUAACAUUAGAGAAUGGCGUCACCGGGGCGCGAGUAGUGUGAGUGAGUGCGAGUGUGCGGCGAUGUGGCGGGCGCGCGCGUAGCCUGCGCGGCAUGGAGGAGGACGAGAGGAGGCUCUCGUUCCCGCCGCCGGCGCCGCUCAACUCGCCGGGGGAGGAGAUCGAUGGCUCGCGGCUGCUGGGCGAGAUCGUGCGCACGCUCGAGGCCACCAACCCCGAGGCGGCCGCGCCGCUGGUGGCCUCGCAGUCCCGGGAUGCGCUGCACGUGGAGGGCGAGAAGCCGCGCCGGGAUGAGCUGCGGAUCCCGCUGGAGGGCGUCACGUUCGCGAACGAGAGCUGCGCGGGCGGCGGCGAGCGCGACGGGCCGCGCGCCGCCGUCACGCCGUUCACGCGCGAGUCGGCGCGGCGCGCGGGCUCCCGCGGCGCGCAGCUGGUGCGCGAGUUCGGUUUCAUGCCGCGCCGCCGCCUCAGCGUCGAGGACGGCGCGCGUCUGCCGCGCAAGUACGAGCCCUUCCCUCCCAAGCUGUACGGACGACCGCUCGAGGAGAUCGACAACUUCAUUUACGAUGAGACUUUCUGCGUGGUAUCAAAACGGUUUCGCAAGAACUACAUCCAUCGCUUCACGGCCACCAGAUCUCUGUUCUGGUACUCGCCGUGGUCUCCCGUGCGGAGGGCCUGCGUCUACCUGUCUACGAACCAGUACUUCGAUUACUUCGUCAUGGCUACUAUCCUGCUCAACUGUGUCUUCCUUGCCAUGUCGGAGACUAUCGAAGAGGCUGAAUACAUUUUCCUGGCGAUCUACACGGCGGAGAUGAUAAUUAAGUGCAUAGCUAAGGGCUUCAUAUUAAAUAAGUACACAUACCUACGGAAUCCGUGGAACUGGCUGGAUUUCGUGGUCAUCACAUCAGGGUACGCCACUAUCGGCAUGGAGGUGGGCAACCUCGCUGGUCUGCGAACCUUCAGGGUGCUGAGAGCUUUGAAGACUGUUUCUAUAAUGCCGGGUCUAAAAACCAUUAUCAACGCGUUAUUACACUCCUUCAAGCAGCUGGCAGAAGUAAUGACGCUGACCAUCUUCUGUCUCAUGGUGUUCGCUCUCUUCGCGUUACAAGUCUAUAUGGGGGAGUUGAGGAACAAGUGCGUGAGGAACCUCGUCGUGCCCCCGGGGGAAAACUUUACCGAUGAGGCGUGGUCUGCGUGGAUCCAAGAGCCAUCAAACUGGAUGGUAAACGCUGAUGAGGUGCCCAUCAUCUGCGGGAACCUGACAGGGGCCCGGCACUGUCCUCCAGAAUGGACCUGCCUCUGCGUGGGACCGAACCCUAACCAUGGUUACACGAACUUCGACAACUUCCUGUGGUCCAUGCUCACCACAUUCCAGCUGAUCACCCUGGACUACUGGGAGAAUGUAUAUAAUAUGGUGCUGUCAUCAUGCGGGCCGAUGUCAGUGUCAUUCUUCACGGUGGUGGUGUUCUUCGGGUCGUUCUACCUCAUCAACCUGAUGCUUGCCGUCGUCGCGCUCAGCUAUGAAGAGGAGUCGCAGAUCACGCAAGAGGAAAGGAAGAAAGACCUGAACGAGCAUCGAGACGACUCCACCUUCAGCUUCGACCCCACGUCGCUGGCGGUGCGAACUCUCGCCAAGGACUCCAAGAAGCGCAUAGACGCUCGCAAAGGCCUCCUACUGGCCUCAUAUUCAAGGAAAAGGACGAGGAGACGUAAGCGCGGGAGGAGUGCUAUACAUCAUGCAGCGGCGGUGGCUGCUGUGGCUGACGACGUGAAUCGGCGGUCGCGCUCUCGGUCCGUGACCCCGAGCGCAUCGCCGCCCCCCCUGCCCGCGCCUCAACCCCCGCCGCCGCCGCACACGUUGCACCCGGAUAAUGCCUUAGGUCGAGGAGCAUUAAGUGCAGCAGGUCGUCAACUUAGCGACCACAGCAACAACAGGGAAUCGUCUCUCGACGACUCAGGAGUGGUGGAUGAUCACGACGAUGGAGAACAUACUUCUGACGAUCAGGCACCACACCCACAUCCUAGAAGGCAUCUACUAAUACCGCAGUUACCGGCACCGCCAAACCACCCACCGACGCCAAUGCCGAUGCCUAAUGUGCAAAUUCCGAUGCCGGUGCAAACGCAGACGCCGAUGCAAAUGCAGAUGCCGAUGCCGAUGCAUCUGCAGAUGCCGAUGCCGAUGCCAUCGCCAACACCGAUGCCGACACCUAUGCCGAUGCCUAUGCCCCAGAUUCAACAGGUUACGCAAGACGGUCAAACGCAAGAUUCAAAACAUAAACAUCAAACAAAAAUCGAAAAGUCUGCAGCAAAGCCAAAAAAGCCACCGAAAAACAUUCAGGACAAGUACCCGCUGAACCCUGACUACCUCAACCAGAUCGUGGUGCUAGGGGCGGACUGGCCAUACAAGCGCGCGCCCGACCUCCCGCAAGCGGAGACGACGAAAAUUAAUGAGCUCAGUUUAUUGGCAGCCACGCACAAAACUCAUAUGGGCAAUUACGAGCAAAAUUGCACUUACUUCACAGAUGAGCUGGUGGAUAGAAACUGUGAGUGCUGCGUGUCUUGCUGUAUAGACUAUGAGGGGUGGCUGCAGUUCCAGAACUGUUUGUAUGGGAUCGUGAAGGAUCCCCUGUUCGAGUUGUUCAUUACAACUUGCAUUGUUCUCAAUACACUGUUCCUCGCGCUAGAGCAUCAUGGAAUGAGUGAGAACGUUAGAUCGGCCUUAGAUAUAGGAAAUAAGGUGUUCACGUCGAUAUUUACAUUAGAAUGUAUAAUGAAAGUGAUGGCAAUGAGCAAAGACUUCUUCGCGUGCGGUUGGAAUAUAUUCGACUUGAUUAUAGUGUCGGCAAGCCUUCUAGAUCUUAUAUUUGAGCUCGUUGAUGGCCUAUCUGUGUUGCGAGGUCUUCGUUUGUUACGAGUGUUAAAAUUAGCUCAAUCAUGGACUACAAUGAAAGUGUUGUUGAGUAUUAUAAUAUCCACGAUCGGUGCUCUUGGUAAUUUGACGUUCGUGUUAGUGAUAGUUAUAUACAUAUUUGCUGUGAUCGGUAUGCAGCUCUUCUCAAAGUCUUAUACGCCGGAUAAGUUUGACCCGGAUCCAGUUCCCAGGUGGAACUUCAACGACUUCUUCCACUCGUUUAUGAUGAUCUUCCGAAUCCUUUGUGGCGAGUGGAUCGAGCCUCUGUGGGACUGCAUGAGGGCUGAGCAGGAAACCGGAGCAGAGAGUUGCUUCUUCAUAUUCUUGCCUGCUCUGGUCAUGGGCAACUUUAUGGUCCUCAACCUCUUCCUUGCCUUGCUGCUCAACAGCUUCAAUAGUGAGGAACUUAAGAAUAAGAAGGAGGAAGUAGGUGAAGAUUCAAAAUUAGCUAAAAGUUUCGAUAGGAUACGUUCAAUAGUAAGAAAAAAAGGUUUCCUUAUAUCGAGAAGUAAAGAGACUGACAAAAAAUCUAAAUUAGAAGAGCUAGUUAACGAAUUUAUGACCCAACAACGUACCAUGAAGGAGAAGAAGACGUCGAUACCGAGCGAGCAGAGGUACUCCGCGUCGAUACAAGAGACCAUUCUGUUCCCGCACGACAAUAUUUAUAGUCAUAGUUAUCAAGAGGCUUUAAAUAGGCCAAUAUCUGUGGGCUCCGAUUUUGCCUACCCGCAACUUUACCAAGCGGCCAACAACUUUAACCACGGCAGUCAAGAAACUUUAAAAGACGUGCGUGACUUGGCAGCAGAACACAAAAUAACUAGCAUUAGGGAAGACUCUAAAGAAAAUCUUGAAGACACGUCGCCCACCGAGCAAGUUGCCGCUCAGAAGUUGUUGAACCAGAUGUCUUCGGGCUAUCACACACAGCCCUCGGAUUCGAGAGACGAAAAUGAACAUUAUGAAAUGGCACAGUUGUCGAGUAAAACAACGCCAGAGAAAUCCAAGUGGCAACCCAGGGAAAUACCGACUAACAACUUAAGUGGGAGAAAAAACUCACAGGGUCAAUAUAUUGAUGCGAUGGGAAACUUCCCCGGAUUUGGGAAACAGAAAGAGCCGAAAGUACCCGAGAACUGUUUUCCUCGGCAAUGUUACGAUGCGAGUUCUUGUUGGGAUGCAUGUAUUCAGACCAACUUGGGUCAACGUUGGAUGUUCCUCCGAACGUACAUCCUGCGGUAUGUAGACACUCCAGCCUUCGAGUGGUUCGUAUUGGUGCUCAUCUUUGCGUCGAGCAUCACGCUCUGCUUUGAAGACAUCCACCUCGAGAAAAACAAGCCCUUGAAGAAAAUACUGUACUGGACCAACUUGGGGUUCUGCAUGAUCUUCAUCAUCGAGAUGUUUCUCAAGUGGAUAGCGUUGGGGUUCUUCAGAUACUUCACUAGUUUCUGGACGCUAUUAGACUUUACUAUAGUAUUUGUUUCAGUAUUCAGUUUGUUGAUAGAAGAAAAUGAAAACCUAAAAGUGUUGAGAUCUUUAAGGACUUUACGUGCAUUGAGGCCGUUGCGAGCGAUAUCGCGGUGGCAGGGGAUGCGUAUCGUGGUGAACGCUCUAAUGUAUGCGAUACCUAGCAUCUUCAACGUGUUGUUAGUGUGUUUAGUGUUUUGGUUAAUAUUUUCUAUCAUGGGAGUACAGUUUUUUGGUGGGAAGUUUUAUAAAUGCGUCGACGAUGAAGGAGAAUUGUUACCGUUAGAGAUAGUAAAUGACAAAUGGGAAUGUUAUUAUAAUAAUUUCACUUGGAUAAAUUCUAAGAUAUCUUUUGAUCACGUGGGGAUAGCCUACUUGGCGUUAUUUCAAGUGGCCACGUUCGAAGGCUGGAUGGAAGUGAUGGCCGACGCAGUGGACGCGCGAGGUGUAGACCUACAGCCGGCGAGAGAAGCCAACAUUUAUGCGUAUAUUUAUUUCGUCAUCUUCAUCGUAUGCGGUUCAUUCUUCACCCUUAAUCUGUUUAUAGGAGUAAUCAUAGAUAAUUUUAAUAUGCUCAAGAAGAAGUAUGAAGGCGGAGUAUUAGAAAUGUUCCUUACUGAAAGUCAGAAGCAUUACUAUACAGCAAUGAAGAAACUCGGUAGAAAGAAGCCCCAGAAAGUAAUAAAAAGGCCGAGGAAUCAAUUCUUAGCAAUGUUUUACGAUCUCUCGAAUUCCCGAAGAUUUGAGAUCGCUAUUUUCGUUUUAAUAUUUCUAAAUAUGCUCACUAUGGGCAUAGAACAUUACGAUCAACCGCAUUCUGUUUUCUUUAUAUUAGAAGUUAGUAAUGCGUUUUUCACGACUGUAUUUGGUUUAGAAGCCAUAGUAAAAAUAGUAGGUCUUCGGUACCACUACUUCACGGUGCCGUGGAACGUGUUCGACUUCCUACUGGUGCUGGCGUCGAUCCUGGGCAUCCUGAUGGAAGACAUCAUGAUAGACCUGCCCAUAUCGCCCACCUUGCUCAGGGUCGUCCGGGUGUUCCGUAUAGGGAGAAUUUUAAGACUGAUUAAAGCCGCUAAGGGCAUAAGAAAACUGCUGUUCGCGCUAGUAGUGUCGUUACCCGCGCUGUUCAACAUCGGCGCGUUGUUAGCGCUCAUCACCUUCAUCUACGCCAUCAUCGGCAUGUCGGUGUUCGGCCACGUGAAGGAGCAAGGCGCUCUCAAUGAUAUCGUCAACUUCCAGACCUUUGGGAGAAGCAUGCAGUUGCUUUUUCGUUUAAUGACAUCAGCAGGCUGGAACGACGUGUUAGAAUCCCUCAUGAUCCAGCCUCCAGAAUGCGAGUUGGGCGAGCACCCUGGGCAAAACGGCAACUGUGGGAGCCCACUGCUGGCCAUCACGUACUUCACCUCGUUCAUCAUCAUCAGCUACAUGAUCGUCAUCAACAUGUACAUAGCCAUCAUUCUGGAGAACUUCAACCAAGCUCACCAGGAGGAAGAGAUCGGUAUCGUGGAAGAUGAUCUCGAAAUGUUCUAUAUACGGUGGUCCAAAUACGACCCCCACGCAACGCAGUUCAUAAGUUUCGCUCAACUAUCAGACUUCAUAGCUUCCUUAGACCCUCCGCUAGGCAUCUCGAAACCAAAUACAGUGGCUUUAGUCAGUUUUAAUCUGCCAAUCGCGAAAGGCAAUAAGAUUCAUUGUUUAGAUAUACUCCAUGCUCUGGUCAAACAUGUGUUAGGGCAUGUUGAAGAGACGGACACGUUUAGACAGCUUCAGGAACAAAUGGAUAUUAAGUUCAAGAAGCAGUUCCCUACGAGGAAAGAGCUGGAGAUUGUAUCCUCGACUAGGAUAUGGAAGAGGGAGGAUAAGGCAGCCCGCACCGUGCAGCGGGCGUGGAGAGAAUAUGUCAAACGGAAAAACCGCAGCCCCUCUCAAGAAGAAGAAAGCACGAAAUGGUCUCCGGGCGGAGGUUGGGGGGGCCGCCUCAGUGCACUACUGCACGUGCGGCGCGGCUCGCACGCGUCCAGUCGCAAGUCCUCUCGUGCGUCCGACGCGUCCGACAUCAGCGAGUUAGGCGGUGCCUGGCUGAACCUACCUCUGCUGCUGCUGCCGGGAGCCGCACCCGGAGAACAGCCGAGUGGUUCUGAAUCGGCGCCGCCUCGAAGGCGGUCGGCAUACGGGCUACCGAUCUUCCUGCGGCAUCAGGACGCCAUGGACGAAGAAACCGGCCCGAAACGAGCAGGUUCCCUUCGGCUGAGCUCGCGGCGCAGCUCCAUGCGGCGCGUGACGCCGCCCGCGCGCGCGCGCACGCCCUCGCCGCACGCCAACAGCGAGGUCAGCAUCCUCGUCACCGAGGCCUCGCCCGACGCCGCGCCGCCUGCGCCGCCCGCGCCGCCCGCCCCGCCGCCGCCGCACACACUGGUGCGCGUGCUGGUGCACCGCGAGUCGGACGAGCGCCCCAGCUGAUCUCCGACUCCCCCGGACGUUCCGCUAGAGAGCGAUCCCGACUGACUCUUCAACCGGCACAGUCCGGCGAAUAAUUGUGAUUUUUAAAUUUAACUAGCCCCGUUCGCGGUCGUCAUUAUGGUGGAUACGUUGAGAUAGAUGAACCCGUUUCCUCACAUCCGCCGGUAAACGUUAGAGCACGAGAGAUUUAAUUUUGUUAUUUACCGGUGGGAUUCGAAAUGAGGGCAUUUAUCUCAACGCUUAUUAUAAUAGAUAGUUAAAUACAGUAAUAACCGGGAACUUCCAGACACGUUGCAAUAACGUUUUCAUUAGUAUCUCGUCGAAUUCAUAAGCUUUACGAUACAGAACCGCGCAGGAUCGCGCCACGCAAGUUGCAUUACACGCUGAUAGGUAACAUUCGUUUGUAGACGCUUCGAUAGAAUAAUGUUGCUGAAUCCGUUAUUUUGGAUCGUAGACAACUAGGAAAUGACAGAAAAAAAAUCUAAGCUAGCAUUGCUCAUUUUUAAGACCGAUUAUCAAGUAUGUUACGUAAUUAGACCAGAAAGUCCAAAACUAGAUCACUUGAUUGUUUAUCAUAAAGAGUACCUAAAUAUGUAUUUGUAACUUAAAUAAUAAAAUCAAUAAACCUGUGCUAAGUUUUUCUAAUUUCGUUCCUUUUUCUACGAUCCAAAGUUCGGUAAGAUGGCAGUUUUUUUAUAAAAUUUACCUAAUAUUUAUUUAAGUAGAAUCAAAACCAGUGUCAAGUUGAAUGUAAAUCAAUUUGUUGUUGUAAAUAGUGUUGUAUAUGAGAAUGACUGAUGUCACGAUAUCGAUAGAACUACACUGAAGCUUAUCUAAGCAAGCUGCACAGCAAAUAAGCAUAGUGAUAUGGUUUGGUUUGAUCAAUAUGUGAAAAUUAUGCAAUGGGCCUUAUAUACUGCCUUGGGGAACACCGUAGGUAUGGAACUGUGUUUCAAAUUGAUGUUUCAUAAUCGUUUUGCAAUUUUGGCAUUUUUGUACUAAAUUACCAUAUUAUUUUUUAUUGUCAUUGUUUAUUUCGCAUCAAGAUCCCGAGAGUCAUAAUUGUUUGAUAUUAAUACAAAAUCAAAAGCUUUGUUAGAUACCAUUUUCUUUUAACUCGAUUUUUUGUAUAUUCCUUUAGCUUAUUUGGUGUGCAGCCCAUUAAAACAUUAGUCGUUAUCGAUUUAGCGCCUCAGUCAAUUCAGGCAUCUAAAUUAAUAUUAACAAUCCAAACGCCAUUAUUAUUGUUGAAGAUUUAGAUAUUAAGUAUUUGAAAAUUGGUUCUAAUUUCGAUAUUGAGAAUUAUUUUGUAUAUGUUGCUUUAGGUAUUAUUUGUGGAAUGCCAUGUGCAACGUGUUUCAUGUAUAUCUAAUUUUGUAUUAACUUAUCUUUAGUCAGUUGUUAUAUUUUUACACAUUCUAACGCUAGUAUGUCUAUGAUCUUCAGAUUAAGUUGAAGCCAAAAAACAUGGAAUCUGCCUAUCAUUCUGUUGACGAAAAUGUUUCAUUUAAUAUUUUUGAUUAACAAAAUGAUAUUGUGUGACGGAGACUUUCGAGAAACUUCAGUGGCCGCUCGUUGCUGACCGUAGAUACCUUUACAAUAGAGUUGGUCUCAUUAUAACCGUAUAUUUAUAUCAGCGUUAAAUGUUUCGGUUUUAGAAAAAGCUUGGCAACGUUAAAAGACUUGAAAGUAUAACAAUAACUGAAUCAUCUUAAAGUAAUUUUUAAUAGUAAUGUAGUAUACAGGGUGGACAUUUCCAAUGACAUGAGCUAUUUAUGAAUUUGUUUCAAUAUUCAUCAGUUUAAUUAAAGAUAAUGCAAAUAUAAAUCUUCCCACAACAUUAAUCAUGACUUUAAUAUACACUCUGUAUAUUCCAACUUUAGCAGUAUUGUCAGCCAGUUCUCAAUGAUGAAUGUAAAAUUCUACUACAAGUUUUAGUGAUCAGUUGAUUAGCUAGUUUUUUUUAUUCAAUAACAUGAAGUAGCAGACUAGAUGGUAGACAUUUGUUUUUCAAAUUACGUAGUAAUUUUUUACGACAAAAUUAACUAUAUUCCUAAAUACAAUAUGAUCUCGCUAGAGCUUUAAAUCUUUUUGACAUGAUAAUAGAUAAAUAAGUGGGGGGGACGUGUAUGAUCAAAAGUUCUGACAACAAUUAUAAUAUAGAUAUGUACCUACAUAAAUAUAAAAACACGAGAUAUUUUACCUCACAAUUAUGCUAGUUAUCUGUUCUACGAAAUUAAUACCUAUUCAAAAAUGUUACCUACUUAAACUGAAUUCCCGUUUUCUCUAUCGAUAUAAACUUAAGCUAUCUAUAUAGGUAUUGUACGAUAUUAUAUUGUUGUCUCGGACCUACGGAAGCGGUACUUAUACAUUUAACGCAUACCACUUGGUUUUUGUUGCCUUUUUCACUCCCACCUCCACACCCUCACGAAUAUUACAUUGUUACAAGAUUCCUUUCUCACGUAAAAAGCAAGCAAAUAGCAUACAGACGUACAAAAAGAGCAAAUAUUCGCACAAAUCUCAAUAUUUAGAAAUAUUACCUAAGUAUAAGUUUAAAGUUUUGUAUCGUUUUGUAGUAAAAAAGCCCUUAAGUUGUAAAUUUUGUUUGCUUUUUCCAUUAUUUCAAAUGUUAUUCUGAUUUUAUACAUUUGUUAUUUCUGAUUUAAGCGAGUGUAUUAUUUUGGUAAUAUUUAGCCCGUCCACAUGUUCCUUUGUUAAUUGUUUUAUAGUUGUAACAUUAGCUGCUAAUAGUGUUAACGAGUUGCUAAUAUAGGCGCACCAAGUGCUUUCGAAUUAUAUUUUAGCUGCAUUUAUGUACAAUCGGCCCGAAAAGUGAUCUCAUUUUAGUUUUAGGCGAAUUCAUUAGCGCCGUAAAUCACUUUUGGAACCGAUAUUACACGUAUGACGAGAAUUAACGUAGGAAGAUUGUAAAGCAUUCAAUUAAAAGAGUUGAUGCGUUGGUUUUAAAUAGUUCAUAAUAACUAUAGAAUUAGCUUUUUUUCUAAAAGAAAAGUUUAAAAAGAAAAUUUUAAAAUUUCUCUAGGAGUAAACUUGAGCAGGUACAUUUUAAAACCCCCAAAUAUUUUCCAAUUUAGCAAGGACCAAAACUUCAUUUUGUUUGAAUAAAAAUAUUAUCUCAAAUUACUAAUUAUAUUCUUGACCAACUUUUGAAUUCAAUUUUACUUAGAAUUUUCGAGGCCUGUAUCCAAAUAUGCUAGAAUUUUAGAUGCUGACACCUUGUAACAUACUAGUAUUUGUACCACCUCGCUUUAUGACAAAUUUUACACCAUUUGCUUUGAACCCUUUGAUAUCUCAACAACCCACACUCACUAAUUAAUAUUUUCAAUUCUAAAAGAGGAAGUAUGAUAAAAUUGUUCUAAUAGAAUAGAUAAUAUUUCCCAAUAUUGUUCAUUAAUAUGUACAUAAUGAAAGAUGCAAUAAUUUUUCAUAAUUUUAUCUAUAGUUAUGAUCUUGAAGAGGUUGAUAGUGGUUGGUUACUUUUAACUAUUAUUAUUUAAAAUAUGUACGAUGUACAUGUAAAACUAUUGUAGUUAGUGAAUUUGCAAUAUUUAAAGCAUGUGUUGGGCAUGGUUCGAUUUGUGUAACAUAUGUUGAAAUUGUAUGAUAUGUAAAUAAAAACUUUAAAUGAGACCUGCGAAAUAUGAUUUUCUUCCGAGGUACAAAAUAUAAAUUAACCAUGUUAAAAACUAUGAUUAAAUGAAAAUAUAGAAAA